AGGAGAGAAAAUGCAACAAGAUGAGGAUACCCAACCGAGGCUGAGCGUGGGAGGAGCCCCCACCUGAGGCUGGCAUCUCUUCUUCCUUCUCCGGCGUUGAUUUUGCUCGCCCCUUCUCAACCAGAGGCUCCGCUCCAUCCAUCCAUCCAUCCACGCUGCUGCUGCUACUGCUUCUCUCCACCACACUUGCUGCUGCACCUACGUCGGCUGUUCUUCUACCUCUCCACCGGAAAACUGCUGCCGCUCCAUUGCUUCGGCAACCUGCUCAGGUCUAUCUCCAUGUCUCCAGUCCAGUCAUCGUCUUCUAAUUUUGUACAUCACAUGUAUAACUAGAGAGCAAAGAUAAAUUCUUGCCCAGCCAGAGAUGACUGGAAUAAUGGUGAGCGCUUCAACCGGGGUGAUGAACUCUCUCCUGGGUAAGCUGGCCACCCUGAUGGGGGAGGAGUUCGCCAAGCUGAAGAACCUGAGGAAGGAGGUGAAGCACAUCAGCGAUGAGCUGAGCAGCAUGAAGGAUGCUCUAGAGAGCCUUGCAGAUGUGGAUACACUAGAUAAACAGACCGCUAGCUGGAGGGACGCGGUCAGGGAGAUGUCGUAUGACAUCGAGGAUAUUAUUGAUGACUUCAUGUGCAAAAUUGGGGAGAAAAGCAAAAAAACUGGUUUUAUCCACGACACCAUUCAACGCCUCAAAACUUCAAGGGCCCGCCAUCAGAUCGCUGGGAAGAUUGGGGACAUCAAGAAACUUGUGCGUGAAACAAGUGAGCGGCGUGAAAGAUAUAAGAUUGAUGUCCCCAAAUCGGGCAAUGUGGUAGUUGACCAACGCGUUGUGGCGCUCUAUGAAGAAUCAUCUAAACUUGUUGGUAUGGAUGGCCCAACCAAUAGGCUUGUCAGUUGGCUAAAAGAUGAGGAGAUGAUGUUGAAGAUUGUAUCAGUUAUUGGUUUUGGAGGUUUGGGAAAAACAACACUUGCCAAUCAGGUAUACCAUAAGCUGGAGGGUGAAUUUCAGUGUGGUGCAUUUUUGCCGGUGUCUCAAAAGCCAAAUAUGCCAAAACUUCUUCAUAGUUUAUUAACCCAACUUGGGUGUGGACAAUAUUGUCAUGACUGUGAGUUAAAUGUUCUUCUCAACCAAGUCAGAGAAAAUCUAAAAAACAAGAGGUACUUGGUUAUUAUCGAUGAUCUAUGGGAUGUAUCAGCAUGGAAUAUUAUUAAAUGUGCUUUCCCAGAAAAUAAUCUUGGUAGUAGAUUAAUAGUAACUACAAGAAUCAAGACUGUGGCUGGGGCAUGUUGUUUCAGUUACCAUGAGCACAUUCUUGAAAUGAAACCUCUUAGUGAAGAAGACUCAAGGAAAUUGUUUUUUGGUAGGAUAUUUUUCUCUGAAGAAGCUUGUCCAGGUCAACUCAGAGAUCUUUCAGUUGAGAUUCUCAAGAAGUGUGGUGGUUUGCCACUUGCAAUCAUUUGCAUAUCCAGCCUAUUGGCAAGUGAACGUUUCAACCAAAAGGAGAGGUGGAAACAUGUACUGAAUUCAUUGGGGUCUGUGUCAGGCACAAAUCUUACCUUGGAAGCAAUGAGACAGAUCUUGAACCUUAGCUACAAAAAUCUUCCUCACCACCUCAAGACAUGCUUCUUGUAUCUUGGUAUGUUUCUGGAGGACUCUGAAAAAUAUAGGCAUGAGUUGGUAAGCCUAUGGGUUUCUGAAGGCUUUGUUAGUAAAGCACAUGGACAAAAUCCAAAACAGAUUGCGAUAAGUUAUUUUAAUGAGCUUGUCAACAUGAGUCUUAUUCAACCUGCACAGGUUGACAUGCAUGGGUCAGUGUUAACUUGCAAAGUACAUGAUAUGUUGUUGGAUCUUAUCCUGUACAAGUCCGCGGAAGAGAAUUUUAUCACUGUAGUAGACAACCCAGAGGCCAUUACAGGACAGCUUCAAAAGCCCCGUCGGGUGCUCUUCAACUUGGAUGGUGCAACAUUACCAAGGGACGUUAAUAUGUCACAAGUGCGAUCAUUUGGAAACUGGAGAGGCUCCAUGAAUAUACCUUUUUUGGCAGAAUUCAAGUAUCUUCGAGUUUUUAUUGCUGACUUCAGUUCUAGUUCUGUUGAUGGCAACCGGAAAAUCGACCUGACAGGAUUGUGUAAGUUAUAUCAGCUGCGACAUAUACAGAUUGAAGGCUGUGAUAACUGCCAGCUACCAACGCAGAUUAGAGGGCUACAAAAGUUGGAAACAUUUGAUAUAGAUGGGUCCUGUAUCCCAAUGGAUAUUUUUCACCUGUCCUGUUUGUUGUCUCUGCAUAUUUUUCACCUGCCAUGUUUGUUGCCUGAGGGCAUUGGUAAAAUGACAUGCCUACAGCGUCUGAGAUGGUUUGACACACUGCACACCUCAAUCGACAGUAUCAAGGGCCUAGGAGAGCUUACCAAUCUGAGACUUCUGUACCUCACAACCGGUUUUUCUGAAGAUGUGGACAUGGAUGUUCUAAACUCUUCUUUGGCGAAACUUUGUAACCUCGACUCCCUGAACCUAUUUUCACCUGAUUCUUGGAUACCUGAGGCACUAACCUUGUCGCCUCCUCCCCCCAACCUCAUGGGACUCUCCAUGAUGCGAAUAUCCCGGGUCCCAAACUGGAUUGGGGAACUCCACAACCUCCAGAGCUUGCAUAUCACUGUUGAUAAGCUAGACAAGGAUGAUGUUGGUAUUCUUGCAGGGUUACCCGCCCUCAUGGACCUAGAAUUAACGUUCAGUAGAGCCCUGGAAGAAACAAUUGUCAUCUAUGGGACAACAUUCGCAAUCCUGAAGCGGUUUGUUGUCUACUGGACUGUCAUGCCACAACUGACCUUCCAAGCCGGAGCAAUGCCUAAGCUCCAGAGCCUCUCUCUACCUUUGAACGCCAGGGGGUGGAAGCAGGACGAGAGCGCCACACCUACAGGCAUCGAGCACUUGUUAGCACUUGAAAGAAUCUCUGUGGGGAUUGCGAGUGGUACUGAAUCUGAACAGCGAAGCGCAGAGUCUGCCAUUAGGAGCGCUAUCAACAUGCAUCCCGGCCUUGCUCACAUUAAAGUCGAUAUCCAAUGUUACUAACAAACAGUUUUUUUUUAUUUGGUCGUACCAGCCACGUCCAGCAGCUGGUAUGUUCAAAUUUCCAUCUCCAAUCUCCUGACUCCAGUCUGUCUCUUAGUUUCCUAACUUGCAGUUUGGGCUGUAGCUCGCCAUAAUACUGCACCUUUAUUUUUGUUGUAGCAAGACUUUGUAGAUCUAUGCAGAUUUAAAAAUUGCAUAUGCUUCAUUAAAUUGAAAAUCCGGAGCUCUACAAAUUUUUUUUCAACAUUUGAGCAGUUAUGAUUUCCUUUAUGAACGGUUGUUAAGCGAGUCUUUGGAAAUGUCUAGGUCGAGUGUGCGCAAUAAAAUUUGAGGUGCAUAUAGAUUGAAGUAAAGUAGCCCUGUAUGUUAGCACUGUUUGAUUAACUAGGUAACACACAGGUAUUUUAGAGAGUUCAGCCAUUCUCAUAGACACUGAUUGUCAGGGAAGGCGGUUCUUUUAUAUGGAGCAAUAAGAUGAGGCACGCCAAGGAACAUUGAGGUGUCUCCAACAUUUAUGUUGUAUUGUAGUGGAUGGAGAUGGAUUGCUGCAUUUUCUCCCUGUCGGGAAUACCGAGCUAUCACUUUGCUUUGUUCUGCUAGUUAUCUCGACGAACUGUUUACACUUUGUCUCAAAGAUUAUGCACGAUUACGCUUUGCUUGGGUUCUCCUGUAGUAGUGCUUGAUUGGUGGGCAGGAGAAGCCAGGGAUCAUAUGUUCUUGUUAUUGUUGUAUAUGUGUACGUUUGCUUCUUUCAUCAAACGUAUUCAACUGAACAUCUAUUUCUUGUACUGUUUGCAUUUCUCAAAAAGUCAGUUUAUAUGUUGUAUUUCA